UAUUUUAGUGAAGUUCCAACAAUCAGUCAAGUUAAAAUGUUCGUAACUAAACAUCGUAAAGCCAAUGACUUGUAUAAAAUUCAAUUUAAAUUUAAAUUGUUUUCCACCAUUAUGUUUCUCCGUUCGUCAUCUUUGAGAUGAUUCUGCUAGCGGCGAUACUAACUUUAUUGCUUGUUGGUGCUUUAGAUGCCUUAAAUAUAUUUAAGACUUACCAAGCUAUUCCUGAUGAAAACGAUGAUCUCGCUGACAACAGAAACAGUGAAUCGAUAGCAGACUCCUAUGAGCUACUGGGCUUAAUCAUUUUAGAUUACAAUCCAAUAAGUAGGAGAGACAAUUUGGCCGUUCAAACCAACUUGACAAAAGCCAAAUAUGACGCGAACGAAGAUAAUGGCAAUGGAAUAGAGCCGCGAUCUCAAAAUAAACAAAAGAAGAAACGAAAUAUUAACAGCAAUGAUAAUCCCAAACACAAACAUGAAGAAAAAUCGUCAUUGAAAAUACUGGGCUACAAAAAACAAAGGAUAGUAGAACAGAAAUUAAUCGAACUAAUUAAACAAAAACUAAAACCCAUCAAUAGUGACACAAAAAGGAAAAUUGAAAUGUUCAAUGAAGCUCAAAAUCGAAAGAAGGAAAAUUUAGAAGAUCAUUCAUUUUCAAAUAGGUAUAAAGUUAAAAAAAAUAAUGAACUAACCAAUAACGAAGCGAUACAUCUCAACGACUAUAAGAAGAGAGAGAGUGAAUCUUCAAAAGAGAGUAUAGUAGAGAAAACCUUUAAAAAAAACCAAAGACAUUAUAAUGAUGAAGAUGAAGAUGACGACCCUCUAAGAAAACAAAAGAAAAAUAAGCACAAAUACUUCGAUGUAGACACAGAAAUGAAAGAAAGUUCAGAAGAACGAGAGAGACAAGUAGAGAAAAAAGUAAAAAAAAUAAAGAAAGUUGAAGUAUCAGGUGAAGUGGAAACUCCAUUUAAACCGAAGCGUUUAGAUGUUAAAGGAAAAGAUUAUCAUCAUAGCAAUGAAUUCGAUAGAAAUGUUAAACUUAAAAAAAAGAAGGCCCAGUCUAAAGAUGGAACAGAAGAGGAGGACAGGAAAGGUAAAAAGGGGUUUAAAAAUAAAGACGAGUGCAUUAAUGAAACGGAGUCGAACAUUGACAAAUGUGUAAGGGCUUGCCAAAGAACCCAUGAAGAUGUGUGUGAUCUCUUGAAGUGCUCACAAAGAUCAGUGAAGGCGCUACGUAAUGAAUGUACUGUUAGCUGCAAAAAAGUAUUCCCCAUUUUAUGUGCGUAGUUACAGAAAUACAUAUCAUUGUAGUUUUAGUAAGUAAAUAAAAUUUUACCUACAA